AUGUUCGGCAAGAACCAGGAGCCAGAGGUGGCCGAGGUGCUCGAGCAGCACCGGCCCAGCGCGGUCGAGGCGACCCAGAACCAGCAUCGCAUGUCCGUUUCCAACAGAGGCCUCACGGGCGCUUCAGCCUUGACUGUCAGACAGUCCAUCGUGCCCAUUACUCUGGUCACCGUCCUCUUCUUCCUUUGGGGCUUCGCUUACGGCCUCCUCGACGUCCUCAACUCCAAGUUCCAGAUCGCCCUCAACAUUACCGCCGCUAAGGCUGGCGGUCUCCAGGGCGCCUACUUUGGCGCCUACUUCAUCGGCCCCCUGACCUACUCGGGCUGGAUCGUGCGCAAGUUCGGCUACCGGUGGACCUUCAUCACGGGCCUGUGCAUCUACGGCGUCGGCGCCCUCAUGUUCUGGCCCUCGGCCGUCUACCGCUCGUUCCCCGGCUUCUGCGGCUCCCUCUUCAUCGUCGGCUCCGGUCUGUCGACGCUCGAGACCUCGGCCAACCCCUUCAUCGCCACCUGCGGACCCCCGCGCCUCUCCGAGUUCCGUCUCGAGCUCAGCCAGUCGUUCCAGGCCGUCGGCUCCGUCAUCGCCCCGCUCCUCGCCGCCCGCGUCUUCUUCUCCCACACGGAGCCGAACGACUUGUCCAAGGUGCAGUGGACCUACCUCGGCAUCGCGGGAUUUGUCUUCCUGCUCGCCCUCGUCUUCUUCUUCGCCAACAUCCCCGAGGUCACUGACGCCGAUAUGGCCCUGCAGGCCGAGAUGAGCGCCGGCCUCACCGGCUUCGUCGACAAGCCGCUGAGGAAGCAGUACAAGCUCUUCUUCGGCGUCGCCGCCCAGUUCUGCUACGUCGGCGCCCAGGUCGCCGUCGCCUCGCAGUUCAUCUCGUACGCGGUCGAGUCCGCCGGCCUGUCGCACUCCCAGGCCAGUGACCGGUACGCCAUCGGCCAGGGCCUCUUCGCCAUCGGGCGUUUCGCGGCCGCCGGCCUGAUGAUGGUCGUCAAGCCCCGUCUCGUGCUCAUGGUCUUCAUGACGGGCAUCAUGGUCUUCAUCGCGCUCGCCAUCGGCGUCAAGGGAGAGGCCGGCGUCGCCAUGCUGUCGCUGGUGCUCUUCUUCGAGUCGUGCAUCUUCCCGACCAUCUUCACGACGGCGAUCCGUGGCCUGGGCAGGCACACGAAGCGGGGUAGCUCCUGGAUAGUUGCAUCGGUCUGCGGUGGUGCCCUUUUCCCCAGUCUCACUGGACUUCUCGCCGACUCCAAGGACUACCACAUUGCCAUGGUCGUGCCUCUCUGCGGCUUCAUCGUGGCCUUUGCCUACCCCGUCUUCCUGAACACUGUCUGGAAGGCGGAGCUGGACGGCUUCAGUGCCAGCAAGAUUGGCUACACCGACGAGCAUGGCAUCAUCGGCGACGCCGGACGAGAGGAAAUCAUUUCUGAGAAGUCGACUUCCAAGCACUUGGAGGCAUAA